CUUGAACACUGUCGUUGUGGGUUAUUUGUGGGUAUCUGAGAAAUCUCUUCUCUGAAAUCGGGUGAUUGAGGGAUUGUACGAUUUGCCGCACAUUCGUGGGAUCUAUCAUUAGACAAUCUUUGCUUUGAUUUAUACUUUAAGUCUAUCAUAUUUUGAUUCAAAAUGUCCAAGACUAAGUCCGUUACCAAGAAGGGUGCUGAGAAGCCCGUUGAUAAGGCCUUGAGCAAGGUCAAGGAUUCUGGUGUCUCCAAGGCUUCCCAGUCUCCUAAGGCCAAGAGCAAGCAGAUUGCUCGCGAGGUCGCUUCCAAGGGCGAGAAGUCUAAGCGCAAGAAGAAGGAGCCUACUCCCAGCAGCAGCUCUGAGUCUGACAGCGAUGAGGAGAUGGAGUCUUCCAGCUCCAGCAGCGAGAGUGAAAGUGAGGAUGAGAAGCCUGCCAAGAAGGAGGUGAAGAAGGCCGCUGAGUCCUCUUCCGAAUCUUCCUCUGAAUCGGAGUCCGACUCUGACAGCGACGAAGAGAUGGAGGACGCUUCCAGCAGUGAGAGUGAGGAGGAGAAGCCCGCCAAGAAGCAGAAGGAGGAGCCUAAGAAGGAGUCCAAGAAGGCCAAGGAGUCCAAGAAGGCCAAGGAGUCUUCUGAGUCUUCUGACUCGUCUGAGUCUGAGUCUGAAUCCGAGUCAGAGGAAGAGAAGCCUGCUAAGAAGGAGGUGAAGAAGGCUGCCGAGUCCUCUGACUCUGAGUCGGACUCUUCUGAUGAGGAAGAGGCUCCCAAGAAGGCUGCCAAGGAGGCCAGUGACAGCGACUCGUCUGAGUCCGAGUCCGAGUCUGACAGCGAGGAGGCUCCCAAGAAGGCUAAGAAGGAGUCUUCCGAUUCCAGUGACUCUGACUCCGACUCCGACUCUUCCGAGUCUGAAUCUGAAGACAGCGAAGAGUCUGCCAAGGACUCCAAGAAGCGCAAGGCUGAGGAGGAUGUCUCUACCACUACCAAGAAGACCAAGACUGAAGAGCCUGCUGCCGGUGCAUCCGCCAAUCUCUUCGUUGGAAAUCUCUCCUGGAACGUGGAUGAGGCCUGGCUUCAGAGUGAGUUCGAGGAAUUUGGUGAGCUCUCUGGUGUUCGUAUCAUGACUGAGCGCGACACUGGCCGCUCUCGCGGAUUCGGUUAUGUCGAAUACACCAAUGCUGUCGACGCCGCUAAGGCUUUUGAGGCUAAGAAGGACACCGAAAUCGACGGUCGCAAGAUCAACCUUGACUACGCUACCGGACGUCCCGCCAACAGGGACCAGGGUGGCUUCCAGGACCGGGCUCAGGCUCGUGCCCGUUCAUUCGGUGACCAGGCCAGCCCUGAGAGCGAUACUCUCUUCGUCGGCAACAUCCCCUUCAGUGCUAACGAGGAUUCUCUCCACGAGGUCUUCGGUCAGAAGGGAAGCGUCAUGGGCAUCCGCCUGCCGACCGACCCCGAGUCGGGCCGUCCCAAGGGCUUCGGAUACGUCCAGUUUUCGUCGGUUGAGGAAGCUCGCGCAGCCUUCAACGAGCUGAACGGUGCUGAGAUCGAUGGUCGCCCGGUCCGCCUGGACUUCAGCACUCCCCGUGCCAACAACGGCGGCGGCGGCGGCGGCGGUGGCCGUGGCCGUGGCGGCUUUGGCGGACGUGGCGGAGGUGGUCCCCGUGGUGGUGGUCGCGGUGGCCGCGGCGGCUUUGGUGGACGUGGUGGUGGACCCCCCAACAAGGCCCGUGGCGGUAUCCCCGAGUACAAGGGUACUAAGGUCACCUUCUAAUUCCACACGAUACCUUGACGAACCGUUGUUUUCUUUAAUCGCCGUUGAACAGGAUUCAGGAUCGUUUGUAUGAUUACGUACGGGUUGUUGCUACUGACUGGCUUUGAGCACUCGAAAAGUUCUUGUGGUUUUGCAUGAUUAUUGUAAUUGGAUAGAAUGAAAUAAUGGAUGAUCGUUAUUGAUUCAAUAGGAAUGUGGUUUUUUCGUGAUUGUUUUUUGUCCACAUAGUGUCGGUCCUCAAACCCGGUGUAAAGAGAGGUAUGAGGCUUUAGCCUUGGCAAACGCCAAUAUUGGUGUCAGGUAAGUGGCUCCCAUGGACAGUUCCGGUCAUUCUCAGCUUUGUUCCUCUUCUAGGCUUUCUUGUUGGCCUUUGUCUUUUGAUCUCCUUUGGUGGCAUUCCCGGGUUGCUUUGGAGAGUCUGUGGUCAUUACUUGGUCCUCUGCCGAUGUCGGGUGAACUGUGAGUGGCUCCCAGUGGUGAUCUGCUGAUUGAACUUAAACCAGCACGAGGCAGUCAGCUGUGCGUCGACAUCAUUCUU